GUAGUGAAAAAAUUUCGCCUAAUUUAAAAGUAAGAUUGAAUAAAUAAAUCACGCAGCAAUUUAUUAAAAGAACUCAGUCAUCGAACUCAUAAGUUGGAUUUCCUAAAAUUGAUUUCGAAGGCCCGGCACGUACUCGAUUUUAUGACCCAACAAUGAUCCGGCAACUACAAAUGUUUAACACUCCAAUCAGCACGCUACUCGCUUGCUUGCUUGUGUGCUGGUUAGCGCGCGCACAUGCCGCCGAAAAAUGGUCACGCCAACUAGAACCGACUUCGCCAGGCGUAUCGGACUCUUUCGAUUGGGUGCCGGUGGCACAGCCAGUCGAUAGUUCUACUGCCAAAGAUCGUUCCGCAAAUGCACGUGUGCUCACCUACUCACAGGCUUACCCACCGAAUGGCCGUUUCGGUGAUCUGCCCAAACCGCAUAAUCCGCCCGUGUCUCAGCAGCAGCCAUUCGAUUUUCCCUAUCAGUUUCAACGUUUUGCCAAUCAACCACCACCACGUUCACAAGUCGGUUCACCUUUCGGCGCGCCACCACUAAAGGCUGCUGCGCCUGCUGCUUCGUCAUUGCAAAGCGGUGAGCCAACUUCGCAGUCAUUCUUCAAAUUCGAAAUGCCCUUCCGCACAGAGGGUGGCAGUCAUGGUGCACCGGGCUCUUCUCCCGGCUCAUUGCAGACUGGCUACCAGAUUCAGCAUAUACUCGGUGGUGGCGCGCAAGCCACGCUCUUUAGCUCACCGCUGUUCAAUCAGCAACCCGUUUUCCCACCAGAAUUCCACCCCAUACCACAGAAGCCGCUACAACAGACUUUACAAAAACCGCUGCCGCAACAGAAUUACAUCGAAGAUAGUUUCCCGAGCAAGAACGUCUACCGCGAAUCGAAACCUAAUCCGACGCAACAAUCUCUGCAAAGCGUCACACCACAAGUUUUCCCUGUAGAACAACAAGUUGAUCAAUUUUUUGAUUUGAAUAAGCCGUCAUCUUUCAAUGCUCAGUUGCCGUUCCAGCAUACUGAUAUCGCACCAACAGCACCCUACCAGCAGUCGGGUAGCGCACCGACAGCACCUGCUUCGUUGCCUACAAGUAAUGGUGGCAGCCAACAAGAUGUACAAUUGCUCUAUGUGCCAUACGAUACGCUCUUUAAUCAACAGAAGCCUGAGUCACAAGGUUUCGAAUUGAAUAAGUAUAAUGUCAACGCGGGCCUACCAACUGUCAAUCCCUUCCAAAUCAAUCAGUUUUACACGCAAGACUCACUCGAUUCGAUAGAUCAGCAGAACUACUUCGCCAGCAGCACCACUACCAGCACAAGCCGUCCGAAGACGACAACGUUGAAGCCAACCACAAUCUUCCAGAAUUACGCUAAUCAACAACCAACUACGCCACGUCCCAAGCCAAAGGCACAUCAGCCACCACUUGCCAUGUUUUUGGUGCGCAACUCUGUGCGUCCCACGCAAACCGAUGUGGUGUCUGCUUUACGUCAUUCCAACACCAUCGCAGUCAUUGAUGCACCUACGAAGAAGAUACCCGAAAUAUUUGUUGGUCCUGCUGGUAUGUCUACACCAGAUGGCUAUGUGAAAUUCGAUCUGCCCUACUUGUCUCAAUUGGCACAGACACGCGAGCUGCGUGAGAUUCCGUUCUUCGUAGCGCCUUUGAGCUAUCGCACACCAAGUGGUUUCAAUAAAAUCCUGCUACCAGAACCGCAUGUGGGUUCAAUUGUUAUAAAUCUCGCCAAGAGCAGCAGCGCUCCACAAGCGGUUCUUAGCCAGCCGGCCAAGCCAAGUGCUGUUUACAGUCAAAAUGAUAUUAGUCAGUAUCAGUCACCACCGCCCACACAGCGCGUGCGUCCACACCGCGUGAAGCAGCCAUCUGCCACAAAGGACUACUAUCCAGCAGCGGUACUCAAUGAGCCUGUGCACAAAAACCGCGAUCAGUAUGAGAUCACGACUCAACGCUCAACACUUCCACCGACACGCGGCAACAAGUUCAAUUACUUCUAUAAUCAAGACGCUAUCCAUGAGGUGAGCUCUCCAAAGGUCACCAAACACGAUCGCCCGAAGAAGAAGCGUCCACAAAACGUGCAACAACAACCAAUUGAGCAGCCCGCUUUCCCACAAACCAUCAAUAAUCCUUACGCCCAAUUCCAGCCUGUGCCCAACCAAAUAACCAAUGAUGAUAUUUAUAAAGUUCAGUCGAGCCGUCCUUCACCUAGUACAUCUACUUCGACUAGCACUACGACUACAACCACUAGCACUACUUCAACAACAGCUGCGCCGGCACAAACAUUCUACUCAUUCAAUCCCAAUGGGCAAGUUGAGUUCCAGAGUGCAAACGGACCCCUCUACUCUUUUGACACCAUACCAAAGGAGCCUGUUGAGGAGCAAGCUCCACGCUUCACCACUCGCCCGCCCAGCAGCACUUCGCCAGAGGAAGAGUACCGCAUGAAGCAAUAUUAUCGUCAGCAGGAAGCUUUCCGCAAUCGUCCACAAAUCGUUAGUCCCACUAAUCCGCCCUUCGAACAGGUGCAAUACACGCCUGUCGACUUGGACUACGGGCGUGAUGUCAAUGCGCCUUCAACGACUCAUAAGACCACAUCGCCUACCAAACAACGUGUUACUUUCUAUUCACCUUCCCAACCUGGCAGCUCAGCACCGGAAGAUGCAUACAACGUCGUACAGCAACCCGAUUUUGCAGAGCUACAACAAGAGAAGGUUAUUGAGGGUGAAUUGAAACCGCAGCGUAAGCAACCUUCAAACCAUCGACCUUUGUACAAUCAGAACGAGAUACCCGAUAGCACUGUGGAAUAUGACCCCAAUCCUUACCAUGUGCCUUCAGAACUGCCACCACUCACACCAAAUUUGCCAGGCCUAGUGAAUAAUUUGCAAGAGAAGGACAAACAAAAUGCCAUAGGAGAACUUGCCACUACUACACCCAGUGAGCCGGAGAAGGAGCUGCCUACACGCCCAACAAGACGCCCCAUCAAUCGUGUGCGCAAACCUCUUGUGUCCAAAGUUACAUCCUCUGUUUCUUACUCUGAAACGGAAACCUCUACACGCCGUCCUAUACAACGUGUUCGCCGUCCGUUUGGCGCGCGUGCGACAGCUAGCACUCCAGCAUCUCCCGAUGGUGAAGAAGAAGCCACUUCGACCACACGUCGUCCACCUUCAGCGGCACGAAACCCCCUAAUACGCAAUCCUAACCGCAUCCGUUACCAACCGACUCCAGAAGAACGCCAGACGCUGCGCACUAAGCAGCGUAAGAAGUAUGGCAACUCCGGAAAAGAUGAAGAUUUGGACUACCAACGCGAUGUGUUGAAACAAAAUUACCCAAUCAUUAAACCACUAUCAUCGCGCACGCAAUCCAGUCCUACAGGGAUACCCAGCUCAUAUGCUACGAACAGCGGCUCUGAGGCACCAACCUCUGAGACACAACAAGUUUACACAGUCACACCCAGCAACACCGUAGGCACAAAUGAACAGACCUUCCCAGCCGGCAUGUUGGAGCCAAUGCAAAUCGCUCAGCAGUAUAGUCAGUAUACAAAGGACAAUUUCGGGCCCGGAUACUUCCCUAAUCAGGAAGAUUUUGGUCCCACAGAACCAAUCAUUCGCAACGAAAUCAAUCCUGUCUUCACCACUUUACCAACCACUACACCUACUCCAACCACAACAACAACAAGUGAAGAGCCCCAAGUAACCACAAGACGUUCACCAUUUAUACGCAGAAAUUAUCCACGGUUACGCACCACCACCACCGAGGCACCGACUACCACUACACAAGAGGCAGAGACAAAAACCUCGCUACGUCCACGCCUACCGCCGCGGAAGGUUAUCAAGGUACGCACGCGUACGCGCCGCCCAGUCUCAUCAACGACAAACCCAGAAGAGGAAGCCGAAGUCGAAGAGCCAAAGAGUAACGUACGCAAAAUAAAUCGUUUUAAUCACGAUUUGUACGAAAAUGACGCAACACCACCACAAAGACGUCGCCACCGUCCUAGCUUCCAGCUGGAUGGUCAAGAGUCGCAAUGGUCGCCAGCAUUGAAAUUCGGCAACAAUCACCACUUCAAACCAACGAACCCGAAGGAGAAGUCUAAGGAGAAUGAGCACAAAUUCGAUGAGGAACCAGAAAUUGUAACAAUCGGACCUGAAGAUGGUAAAAAAUCUGAUAAUUAUGAAGUAAAUGUAUCCGCCAGCUUUGGUGAAGCCAAACCCACACUUAAGGCACCCAAUUUGAAGCCCGAGAAAUCCUUUGCCGAACUUCUGGAGGAAGUCAUGGGCAAGGCGCCAGAGGAAAAACCGCUCGAAUCUGUUGAAGAAACUAGCACGCGCACCACAGACGGCACAUUCUUCGAAUCGCAAAAGACAACAAUAUUUAAUCGCAUCAAUCGACGUAACAAAUUCAAGAAGCUCCAUUUGCCUACAACGCAAAACAACGAAAGCUUUGAGACCGCCGAAUCACAAAGUCUUGGUUCCCAGCUUUACAACUCGCUACAUGGAAAUGAAAAGUCUACAGAUGAAAUAGUCAACGAACUCAAAACGACUACACCACUCACACCGGCGCCCGGCGGCAAGAUCACAACAACCACGCUAACAACAACAACUGCUAGCCCGUCCAGCACCGUGUACACCGAGGAGCCAACAACGCCCGAUCAAUUAGAAGUCACCUCCUACGCAACAACACUAGCCAUGGAUGAAGCUCUAGAUAAAACGACAAUCGCGCCAGCGGAAAAUGAAGUCGAAAGCGUCACAGCGGAGAGCGCCACACGACGCAUGGACGAAGCUGUAGAUGAUCUGGAAUCACAGCCAAGCAUAUUCUCUGAAGUCAAGCGGCAACUUCAUGAUCUCUUCGCAAUCGAUGAAUCCGAAGAUCAUGCAGUGACUGCUGCCUUGGCUGCAGUUGGCAAGAGACGUCAAGAAUAUAUGAAUAUCAAACGAACAAAGCCGGAUACAACCACACAAGCAAUGAAUGUGGCAGCCGUAGCGGCCGCAACAACAGUGCCAACGCCCUCAGUGGCAGCUGAGACGGCAGCAGCUGAUAAGAAGCCAUUACAGAAGAACUUGAUGGAUCAGGUCGUAUAUGCGACAUCCACAUCGACGAAAGUGACAUCUGAAACAGAGAUUUGUUAUCGCGGACGUUGUAUACGAUCGGAAGAUUUGCCGUCGAAUCAUAAAUUGCAAUAAUAUGUAUAGAAGUAAAGCAGAAGCUUAAGAACUUAGUAUGUUUAUUUGUACGUUUCGAGACUUGCAACGCGGCGGAAAUAGUGAAAGUGAUUUGCAUUCUAAGGGAUUGGCAUAACCGUAUACUAAAUUCAUAUGCAAGUUCGUGUUCGAAGAGUAGAUUGUGAUAAUAAAAAAAA